UCAAAACAUUAGCAUCAAAUUUUCAUAUAAAAAGUGAAUUCGACACGAAAAUAAGUCAAUUCAGUUGUAGAUUGAUUUGUGAACACUUAAAAGUGAACAAUUAACUAAUCGCUUCUCUUUUCUCACCCAAAGUAAUCAAUUUUUAAAUUACAACUUAAUAACCAUGCGAGUGAUUAUGGGUCUUCUCGGCGUUUUGGCCUUUCUUGCACUGACCUCAGCUCAGGAUAACCAUUCGAAACAAAAGUCAACCAAACACCCUGGACCUAAAAUGGUUCCCGUUCCCGUACCAAUUCCUGUCCCUGUUCACCACCACCACCAUCACCCUGUUGUCAUGCCUGCUGGAAGUAACAAUUACCAAGAAUGGACUGGAGCCUCAGGUCAACUUUUCCCUGAAGCUCAAAUGAUCCAAGAAUCUCAAGACAAUGGUUUCUUUGAUCCAAGAGGAUUAAGAGAUUAUCCAGAAUUACAUCAACCAGUUAACUAUCCAAGGUACGCUUACCAACAACAACAAGGCUACGAAGGUGGUCGACCUCGUAAAUCUUACUAUUCGGCAACCGCUGGUGGUCAUUCCUCUGAGCGAUCGGGAGGUGAACCUCAUUAUGGUCCAAAUGGCUCCGGUGGAGAUCCAAGAGGACACAGACGACGACUUCGACCUUCUCGACCUGAAAUGGAAUCUCAAGUUCCCGGUCCAAUGAAAUCAGCUGAGUCCUACCAAGAGAACAACGAAUGGUAAAAGUUUCGAACACCAAUAAAUUAAUUAAUCAAAUCAAAACAAAAAAGAAAAAUAAGAAAAAAGAACAAAAAAAAAAUGGUAAACCGAAAUCACCAUAAGGAGUAAACAUCAAUUCCCAGUAAUUACCUGUCAAGGGAAAAUCAAUCAUCUUAAUCAACCAAAUCAUCAUCAUCAUAAACAUCGUCAUUUUUUCAAUCAUAAUCACCCAACAAUUAAGAUUAACAAUCAAAACCGUAUCAAUGUUAACCCAAUAGAAAGAGUUGCAAUCAAAUGGUCAAUUUUUUCCCGCUAACUUUUGGAUUAAUCACAAUUAAUUAACUUCUCUCGUUAAUUACCAUCUUCAUCUUAAUCAUCAUCUUCAUAUUCACCAAACAAUCAACCCAAUUUUUCAAUAUUAAUUUUUUUUCUAUUCCAUUUAAUUUUAAUUGGUCUUUAAUUAACUUUCAUCUUUUUUCUCAAUCUUAAUUGUCUUUUGUUUUUGUUAUUUUCUAAAAAUAAUUUGGUUAAUUGUUAAUUCAAACUCUUUUUGCUAUUCUAUUGGGUAAUUUGUAUCUUUCAUUUCUAAUUGUUUCACUAAUCAACUUCAUUCUCCCAAUUUAAUUAAUCUGAUUUUCUAUUACUCUUUUAUCAUCAUGUUAGGCCUUUUAAUCACCAUUAAUGGUUAAUCUGUUAAUCGUUAGCAAUUAAUCCGACAAUUUGUAAAUAUCUGUGCCAAAGAUCAUAUAAUUAACCCGAACCUUAAUCAGAAUUAAAUCUACUCAGUAAUUAGUGUAUUUCUUUUUUAAUUGUGUUUUCCCUGUUUAGUUGAUUUCUUUUUACUAAUUAUUAUUGUGCAAUUAAAUUCAAUAAAAGAUUGAUUUUCUCCUUGAA